UCCCUCCUCACGUCACCUCUUCGCUCUCAGUUAUGCAGAACAGGACGCGCGUUUCUUGCGUUCGUUUCUCUGCUGACAGAGCGCUAGGGUCGUAUAGUCGCGUCUGACUUUAAGAGCUUGUCUUGAUGGUGCAACAACGGCCCAGCACCCGCAGUCGAGCUCUCAGUUCCUGCUCUCAUGGCGACAUCCUCUCCUACGGCCCUGGCAGUCAGAACCCCACCUAAAUCCUCCUCACCUUCCUCUACCAUUCCGUUCUCUCCGCGUGCUUCGAGAUACUCCCUCACACCUGACGGCCUGCUGAGUAGCAGCAUCGUGACUCUCUCCAUCCCCUCUUCGUCCGGUAUUCUCCGCUGCUGCUUCCACGCGUCCCAGCGUCACGCCGCCCAGUCGUUGGCAUGUGAGCGCGUGCCUACGCUCAUGCUGCUCUACCCGUCAAGAUCCCUCGCUCUUUCCUCCCUCAACGCGCUCCUUUCCUUCCGCGCGUGGCAGCUCCCCCGCGCGCUCGUCGCCUUAACCUCCCGCCAGCCCGUCUCCCCCAUAUCGACCGCCGCUCCCGCAUUUCGCUCCGCGGAAGGGCGCCGCGCAGGCUUCGCGUUAGGUGCUGCAGGACAGGCGGCUUUAGCGCCGCUCCUGCCUGUUUCUGCGGAGUACGGCAGAGGAGGCAUCAGCGACGGUGGCGCAGGUGCUAGAGACGAUUAUGGUAAGACGGGAAGAUGGGAGGAUGGAGGCUCUGUGUUCCCCGUCGGAGCCAUCGAUCCGUCUCGUGCCGGCUUCCCUCAAGACAUAGGCCUUGGCGGGCCGGCCGCCGUCAAUGGAAUCGUUAACGGCGUUAGCCAAGAAACCGUCAACGGAGCCGCUAACGGCUCUAUCAACGGAACCCCUAACGGCACCAUCAACGGAGCCGCUCGCGGCACCAUUUACGGAGCCGCUGAUUCUUCCAACGCUACUCGCGCGGGGUUUUGGGGCAUUAACUGGGAGACGCGGCCCCAGCGAUUCGACGACAUUCUCGGGCAGCCCAUGACCGUGAAGCUCCUUAAAGCCGCCGUCGCCGGGAAUCAGGUCGCCAAUGCGUACCUCUUCUCCGGCCCGCACGGCACGGGGAAGACCUCCGCUGCGCGCAUCCUCGCCUCCGCGCUCAACUGCUCCGCGCGGGAGCCUAGCGACGGCAACCCGUGCGGCGGAAAGUGCGCGCACUGCCGCGCGGUGGCGGACGGGGCGAGCGCGGACGCUGUGGAGAUCGACGCGGCGAGCGACAACGGGGUGGAUGUCGCGCGGUGGAUAAAGGACGAGGUGCACAAGGCGGCGGAGGCGGCGGAGGCGGCGGGUGGGGGGAGCCACGCGCGGAAGGUGCACAUAAUCGACGAGUGCCACUUUCUGACGAAGAACGCGUGGGGCGCGCUGCUGAAAACGCUGGAGGAGCCCCUGGGAGGCGCCGUGUUCAUCCUCGUCACUACGGACCCGCAGCUGCUGCCUCCCACCGUGAGGUCGCGCUGCGAUAGGCUCCAGUUCUCGCGCGUAGCCAAGGAUGUGAUUGUGGCGGACUUGCGCAGGAUCGCGCGGUGGAAGGGGUGGGCGGCGAGCGAGGAUGGGCUGCAGGCGAUUGCGGAGGAGGCGGAGGGGUCGGUGCGCGACGCGAAGGGUAUGCUGCAGCAGCUGAGCGGGCCGGGCGACAUUAUCACGGCGGAGCUCGUGCAAACUACGUUUCAACGCAUGCCGCAGUCUGAGGCGGCGGAGCUGCUGGUGGGCGCGCUGAGCGACGCGCGGCAGGCGGAGGUGGCGGCGCAGGCGGAGGCGCUGGCGGUCGGCGGUUGGGAGCUGACGCGCGUGCUGAAGCAGUUCAAGGUCGCCGCCACCGACGCGCUCAGCGCGAAGCCCGAGGGCCCGGUGCUCGCACACAUGGCCGCUUCUGAAGAGGGCCGGUCGCUGCUGCAAGCAACGGUGAGUGCUCUGUCUGAAGCGGAGAAGCAGCAGCAGGAGAAUCCAUCUGAUCUAACCAAGUUCAAAGCAGCCAUGGUGCAGCUGCCCCUCCUCCUAAAGAAGUACCCCUACUCAUUCGACCUCUUCAGCGCUUCCCACCUCACGUCCUCCUCCAAUCCCUCCUCAACGUCCUCCUCCUCCUCCCCCUUCUCCCCCUCCUUCACAGCAACACAAUCCUUCCCCUCCUCGUCUUCCUCACAGCACCGUCUCCCUGCUCCCGCUCCCUACAAGUCGUCCCGCCCUUCCUCCGCCUCACAGCAGUCCUUCAACCCCGUGUACUCCCCAUUACCUCGCACCCAUCCUCCACGGUCCCUCCGCGGGCCUGCUUCUCCCAACUCGCACCUCCCCUCCUCUCCCUCCUCCUCUCUCUCAGCCUCCACCCCUCUCAGCCCGUCCUCCUCCUCCCUCUCGUCCCCUGCCCCCUUCUCCUCCCCUUCCGCCUCCGCCCCCUCCCCCUCCCCCUCCCGCUCCCGCUCCGCCAAGGCUCCGAAUGGGGCAGCAAGUGCGGAGGGGGAGUGGGGCGAGCUGGCAAGGAGAGCCAUGGCGGAGAUGACUGCGCAGCAGCGCGCCAUGUUCACCCAGCAGGGCUGCAUGGUCGCCGUCACGCACACCACUGUCACUCUGAGCUUCCUGCCCACAUGGAUCCACAUGCUUACCAACGACGGGCGGCGCAGGACGAUUGUACCAGGCUUUGCCGAGGCCUUCACAAGGGUCCUAGGCAGGCCGGUCAGAAUAGAGCUCGUACCCAGAGAGCCCGUGACUGCUGAGGGGGGAGCAGCCACUGCUGAGGGUGUGCCAGUUGUGCCUGCUGCUGCUGCUGCUGCUGCUGUUGCUGCGAGGAGUGCGGCUCCUAAGGGGGUUGGAAGCGGAGGGCCUGAGAGGACAAGCAGGCAGAGGCAGGGUGGUCGACAGUCUGUGCGAGAGAGAGAGGAGGGGUUGAUGCUAGCGAGACAGCCCCAAGGGAAGGAGGUCUGGAAAAGGCCUCAAGCACGUGCGCCGAAGCCUGUGCCAGAGCAAUCGUUUCAGCCGCCGCCGCCUCCGCCGCCGCCGCCUCCUCCUCAGCAGAAGUAUUCCGGGGUUCCUCCUCCUCAACCUGCCCACAUGCAGGCAGCACCUGCUAAGGCCGCUGCCGCUGCAGCAGCAGCAGCAGCAGCGGCUGCGAGAAGAGCAGUGGCGCCACGUGCAGCGGACAUGCAACGGAGCCAGAGACGAGGAGGGCAGCAGGCUGUGAGCGCACCACCACCACCACCACCACGACUGGCAGCUGUGGCAGCUCAGGGGGCAGCAGGUGCUGAUGGCUCGCUCAACCUGAGUGGGUGUGCGACGGUGGAAGUAGGUUCCGGAUAUGUAGAAUCAGGUGCAGCGGAGAUAGAGCGAGGCUUUGAUGUUGCUGGUGAUGGGGUAUCGAAUGACGGUGAACUUUGGGAUCCUCCGCAGGUGAAUGCUGUGCCGUCAACUCUGCCUGUGAAUGCCCGCACCAGCGCAAUUUCUCGUGGCAGCAGCAGCAGCAGCAACAGCAGCAGUGACAGUAUCAGCAACAGCAGCGAGAGCAACAGCAGCAUGACCACCGAAGCAUUGGGACAUGGCAGUGAGUUGCAUUCGCCAGAGUUCGUGUAUUCUGGGGAUGCAGAAACAGACCAGCCAGGAGCAUUUGGAGCCAGUGAAGAAGUAGGGAUUGCUGUGGAUGCCAGUGAAACUGACUGGGGCUUGAUGGAUGGGAGUCCGAGCCAUGGGUCUGAACCAUUGAUCCUCGAUGCUCACGAGGGGCCCAGCGCUGUUUCAGCAGUUGACGAGGGGGCAGAGGGCUUUUGUGUGGAGAGCACUGAGAGCUCUGCAGAGGAUGCUGGUGUGAAUGGGACUGUGAAUGGGCAUGUUGUGGAUGAUGCCACUGCUUAUGGUGGCAUUCUGGAAGGCAAUUUGGUCGAGGCCAUUGCGGCUGAUGGCAUCAUGGAUGUGGAGGCGCUAGGUGAUGGCGCACAAGGGGAGGUUUCAACUCGAGAUGGGGAACGCGCACCUAGCACUGUCCGUGCUGCUGCUGAUGUGACUGCUGGUGUUCUUGCGGCUGCGCCUGGUGGUGCUGCAGCAGGAGCUGAUAUGGAGGCUGCUGAUGCCCCUGGUGCUGCUGCUGUGUCUGCUGAUGCACCUGCUGAUGCACUUGCUGGUGCUGCAGCAGGAGCUGGUAUGGAAGCGGCUGUUGAUGCGGAUGUUGAUGACUUGGCUAUCGUAGACUCCUUUAUUUCUGGCCAAGUCGAUUCCGGAACUGCUGCGGCUGAAGCUAAUUUCACUGCAAGUGUCCCUGCAUCUUCUCCCUUGGAUGCGGCUGUGGGAUUCAGAGGCUAUGGUGAUUCUGCUCUUGCUGCUGGCCGUGUCUCCCCUAGCCGUGCUGCCCGUCCCGCAGUCGCCACUGCUUCCUCUGCCCGUGGCACUAGUGGCACUGGCGUUGGGGGCAGCACUGGAGGGGUUGGGCGCAUCCCCUCCUUUGCGGGAACUGGACGGAAUCGGUUAAUCCAACCUAAGGCAAUGCCAAGUGACCAUGAAAUGUUUAGUGGGAGUGAUGCUGGAGCCGAGUCGCAGGGGGUCAAUCUUGCGAAAAGUGGUGGAAGGUUUGAUGGUGUGGAUGCUGCGGAAGCUGCUGCGAUCGCUCUCUGUGAAGCUUUUGGGGGCAGACUUUUUUUACUUCGCGAGGAUGAAAGUGACGAUGAAUGAUACGGUACUGGGGUUCGAUUCUGGUUGCGUCGUACUUCACACCUGAUGGAUUAGCGGAUCUGUUCCCGCUUGUAGAUGGUAGGGCAUGUGAAGUGAAACUAGGUUUGAAAUGGAUUACUCAUGGUGAAAUGUAGUGUUGGAAAGAA